AUGUUGGACGCCUUGUAUCAGGCCAUAGACCACCGAUGUUUGCCGGUGAGGAAGACCCCCGUCGUCCUCGAGGAGUGGAUCCGAACCCUCAACAAGAUCUUCUCCGUGGUAGAGUGCCCGGAAGAGCGCCGAGUGGAGUUAGCAUCUUUCUACUUCAGUCAUGAAGCUGACUUGUGGUGGGUGCAUGAGGGACCCGCAUUCCUAGAGGAGCCCUACUUCGACUGGACAGCUUUGAAGGACCGGAUGAGAGAGCGGUUCUACCCGGCACAUGUUCGAGCUGCUAUGUAUGAGGAGUUUCUGCAUCUCCAGCAGGGUUCAUCGUCUGUGGUGGAGUACCACAAGAGGUUCUUGGAGCUCGCUCGUUUCGCUAGGAUGCUUGUCCCCACCGAGCUCGCGAAAGUUGAAAAGUUCGUGGAGGGACUCAACUACGAGGCUCGUAAAGCGUUGACCGGAUCGUAUGAGCUUGCUAGAAAGAGGAAUGAAAGUGGUGGAUCCCACACCUUCAAGAAGCCAAGGCAGGACUUCCGAGCCAAGACUGCACCUUCCCCACCUCAAGGAUCAAACCGAGUAGGGUCAGGUGAUCAAGCUAAGAGGUUUGCAUGCAGAAAUUGUGGAAAGGAGCAUGUGGGAAAGGAUUGCCAAGGAAAUUCUUUGCGGUGCUUCAAGUGCGGAGAGAGAGGACACAAGGCUGCCGUAUGCCCUCAGCAAGCUAACCAAAGAGCGUUGGCACCUAGUUCGGGACCCGGUGGAUCAUUGGGAGGGAGUUAA